GGCAUUCAUUUUCAUCGAAUAGCGACUCAUAACUAUACUUGUGUCGCAAUGGCUUCAAAGCUGUUCAUCGCUGCACUUUUCAUGGUUGCGCUGCUGAGUGCAAGCGAUGUGUUUGCGAAGGAACAGAAGAAACCGGAGGAACCGAAGAAACCGAAGGAGGUGAAGUGCCAUGGCAAGCUCUACAAGUAUACCUGCACUGGGAAGUAUACAUGUCCGGACCAGUGUGCGCAUACCUGCAUGAUGGACUGCAACAUGUGCAAGCCUGUUUGCAACUGCAAUAAGCCCGGAGGCGUCUGCGAGGAUCCUCGAUUCAUAGGAGGAGAUGGCAUCAUGUUCUAUUUCCAUGGUAAGAAAGACCAGAACUUCUGUUUGGUGUCAGACUCAGAUCUCCACAUCAAUGCUCACUUCAUCGGCAAAAGAGGCGAAGGAAUGGGAAGAGACUUCACGUGGGUACAAUCCAUUGGAGUGCUGUUCAACGGCAACCACCAGCUGUUCCUGGGAGCCAACAAGGUGUCCUCCUGGGAUGAUUCAGUUGAACAACUGGCCAUUGCCUUGGACGGCAAAACGAUCCAACUUCCUAACCAGGAGGGUGCCACGCUUUCCCUCUCUCCCUUCAACUUGACAAUCGUUCGAUCUGACACCGCUAAUGCUGUGACGGUUGAAGUGGAGAACAAGUUUAUGAUUACAGCCCGCGUUGUGCCCAUCACUCCGGAGGAGUCUCGAAUCCACAACUACGGGAUCACCUCCGAGUCUGGCGAUUGCUUUGCCCAUCUGGAGCUCGGCUUCAAGUUCUACUCUCUCAGCCCCCAUGUGACCGGUGUGCUUGGACAGACAUACGCAGCAGAAUACAGGAGCCCCAUUAAAUUGGGUGUGGCCAUGCCCGUGGUGGGAGGUGAGGCUAACUAUGUGACGAGCAAUCUGUUUGCUACUGAUUGCAAAGUUGCGCGAUUCGGAUCACCCAACAACAACAACGACAUCAAAGAUUUCUCCAUUGUUGACCUCAACUGUGCAGGGAGACCCGGAGGGCGCGGGAUGGUUUGCCGAAGAUAGAUCUGUACCAACAAACAAUAAUACUUUAAAGAAAACCCCAUGACGAGCCCCAAUAUUUAUGUCCUGUGGAAUUAGUUUCAUUUAUGUUUAUGUAUUAUGGCUACUGACCACUCUGGCCGCUAAAUAAAAUUCUCAAUGAGACCUUCAGUUUUAAUUAA